GCAACCGAGCGGGCAUCUACCUCAAGUCUCAAGAUUGCAGACAUUGGUAACUGCGUUGGAAGGUACUCUCAGACAGACCCCACGUCCUACCUACGGCUAUCUCAAGCUUCACCUUGAGGGAACAUGAAAGAUGCGGCACGCACUGCUGUGACGACGAUGACGUGGGCGAAGAUUCGAUCCGAGACACCCAUUAUGCCAACAGGUUCACCAGAGAACAUACCGGAAAAUAUCUCAGCAUUGUUUCCACAAGAAACCGGCUACUAGAGGACUUAUGUCAACUAUCGUCUUCACCAUUGACCCGAUGCGGCCCGCGGCUCAUGUCGUCCUCUGGCUUCAAGCCAUGAAUGGACCGACAGAGAAGCCAGCAUGGAUGCCUUUUAUCAUGACUGACAGUACCAGGAUAGAAGCAGAGGCGCACACAUCAAUACCAGACAACCAACGUCGUCACUUGUCAGAAAAAAAGGGGGCGAGAUCAAGUACUUAUGUACGCAGCAAAAGCGCGAAACAGGCCUCCUCUCAACUUGAACAAAUCCGACUCCCGUCCCAUCUACCUCCAGCUCCUACUAUCAUCCACUCGCCAACCUAGUCGAGGUAGUCACGGUCGAGUUCCUGACCCAUACGCCAUC